GUUGGUGUAUAGUAGUAGUACAGCAGUAAAGUUACCGGGUACGAAACUAAAAUCACAGCAGCCAGCCAGCGAACAAACCACUGGUGGGAGCAACGGACGGCAAGACAGAGUUAAGCCAACCAAGAGAACGUGCCUUAGCCAGUAUCCACGUGUUCAGUGUAGUAGCGCGUUAUGACCCGGAUGUUAGAUUGCAGCUGCAGUUUCGCGAGUACCUGCCGCCGACCCGGAUGUCCCGCUCGACGUCGUACCACCGUGCAACACUAAUGUCAUCCCUUUGGUCAAAAAAAUAUGUUCAAUCGGAUAGAUUCAAGCAAAUCGACGAAAGGCGCGAGCAAACUACGAAGGGACCUGAUAAACGCCGAAAUAGCAAAUCUACGUGAUCUAUUGCCAUUACCACCGUCAACGCGACAGCGAUUAUCGCAAUUGCAACUGAUGGCUCUUGUUUGUGUUUUUUUACGGAAAGCGAAUUACUUUCAACAAGCCUUGAAGAGCAGUCCGUCAGAGUCUAAUAUUCCGACGCCAAAUAUUGGAUUUUCAAAAGCCAUGUCUGGGUUCAUAAUGAUGAUGACCCAUCAAGGAAAAUUGCUGUACAUAUCUGAAAACGCCGCGGAGUAUCUCGGGCACUCGAUGGAAGAUCUGCUGAUUCACGGAGACAGCGUUUAUGACGUUAUAGACAAACAAGAUCACAUGGUCGUGCAAAAUCAAUUGGCGAGAAGUGGACCAAUGUCCAAUAACGACAAACGUUUAUUUCUGUGCCGCAUUAAUGUGUCGCGAAAUUCGCGACGUCAAUUGCGAUUUGGUGAUCAAAAGGUGGUUUUAGUUGAAGGCCAUUAUUUGCCAUUUGUACCUCUAUGUAAUCGUAACGAAUCAGUAUUUUUGGCUUCAUGUACUCCAGUAGUGUUACCUGAAACCCGUGAGAGUGUUGUGCAAGGCGCGACAAAUAUAUUUACAACAAUACAUUCAAUGGAUAUGAAAUAUCUCCAUAUCGACAAAACGGCCGAGAGUCACUUGGAGUACACGAGAUCGGAGCUCGUUGGCGUUUCUUGGUACAACCUCCUUCACUGGGAUUGCAUAAGGACUGCUUACUGCAAGCAUCAAACGGUUAUACAGUCAGAUCAAGAGAGAACGAGCACGGCGCUACUGAGGCUACAAAGUCGUUCAGGCAGAUGGUUUUGGAUUCACUGUGUUCUACAAGUAAAGGAAACUUCUGAAGAAUGCCAACAUCCUAUUAUCGUAUGCACAAACCAAGUACUGAGUGACAAAGAGGCAGAAGUGAUGCGUGCAAGCUCGUGGUUGUACCAGUACUCGUCGCAAUCAAAGUUCACUUACGGCAUCUGCCCGUCUUCGAAUCAGUCUUCUCAUACGUCGAUGUCCUAUCAAGAACAGUACAGCAGACCCGCGGCUCUGAUGCAGCCGGUCCAUCCCAGCGAAUCCUCCGUCAGCUCUUACAGUCUCGACGACAGUCAUCGUACGAGAAUAGAGGCCGAGUAUCCGCCGGUACCGAGUGCGUCGACGGCGCUAACAAAAGUUGAAGUUACGAAUCAGGAAGACAUUGAACCUGUUGAUAUGUCGAUAAACAGCGGCGAGCAUGAGACAAGAACGUUGUAUCAAUUGUCUCAUCCUCUUGACUUUCCUAAGCAAGUCGGGCAUCAUCAUUAUCAUCACCACCAUCAGCAGCAUCAGCACGCGAGGAUGACGCCCAAGUUCUGCGGGUACAGAGGAAAAUUGGCGGUCCACUAUUUGCACGGUCGCCAGUACUCAUCGACCGCAGAGUCCCCCAAAUACACGGAUCUCGACUCGGCGUACGGCGACGCAUGUGCUGAGAGAAACUCUGGACACAAACGAACGACUAAAACAAACGGAAUCAUGAUGCUCGAUCCCCAUGAGACCAUGGACCAGUGGAACUCGAGUCCUAUUUGGUCGGACGCACUUCAGAGAGUCCCUGAUGUAGUUCAGCAGGACCUCAGUCCCAUGUACAUCACAACUCCGACUACCCCCGUCGACACACCGGAUUCAGCGGAUCUACACUCUGAGGUACCGGUUUUCAACUUCGACUGGACUCACCACGAGCAGCAUGUGCCGAGCUCCAAAAUAAUGGUACGCAAAGACCUGGAGCAGAGGCAAGACCGAGAUAACCAGCAGCCUCUGACACUCCACCUUCCGCGGAGAAAGAAUCAAACUGAUGCCAGUAGCAAAGAGUACGAAGACAAGUGACGUAUUACCAUUUUAUAUAAUUUAGCUAGUGAAAAUAUUAUAGAAUAAGUAGAAUUCACCAACGUGAUGAUAACUGAUACUUAUUAGAUUUUAAUUAUAUAUAUAAAUAUUUAUAUAUUAUAUCUUCCGUCCGGAAUAAAAAAAAAUGUGCCUUAUA